AAAAAACACCCAUAUAAUCUUAACACAAAAAGUAAAUUUCAUUAGUCUGAAUGCGAUACAUGUCGUCAACCCGAUUCAGAUAACAAGAUGAGCACGAAGAAGAAAUGUGGUGUGUGUAUCUAAAAAAAUGACAAAUCAUUUCCUCGUUCGUUUGGAAGCUAUGUUCUAGAGAGAUGUACGGUAACUAAAAAUGGUCCCCAGGCUCCCGCAUAGAUGCCAGCUGAGCUGGAUUUCUCAAAGGCCUCAGACCCCACUAAAACAGGAAAGACACCGCAGAACCAAAAAAAAACGCCUCAAAGGCUGAUGUUAGAGCCAAUUUGAGCCGAAUAUCCCAUACUUAUGAAUUCUGUUCUGUGUUGAAGUCCCAAAGACACACACACACACACUCCAGACUUCUCCUGCUGUGCUUUUUCAAGAAUUGUUCUUUUGAAUCUUUGAUUCUCUUCUCUUUCACGUGCCAUUAUUUUUUCCCCAUAUCUUAUAAAAAUUAAUUCAUCCACGGAACCAUUUCCUUCACUCAUCACCAAUCUCAUGGUGAACCUCCCAUAAUAUAUGUAAUUUAACACUGUAUCAUUCAUCCCCACUUCCUUAAUUUCCUUCUUAUUAUUAUUUUCCGGCCACCAGGCUCCACCAUCCUCCUCCUCCUCUUCUGUAGUAGUCUUCCUCUUUUUUUUCUUAAUCUCUUCUCUCCAUGGUUACCCUCCUACUCCAAUCAUGUCUUCCACUCCAGACCUCCACUCUCCUAUCUCCAGGUUCUCCCCCAUUUGAAUUCAGAUUUUGGUCUACUUCUGAUGGAUUAAUUUAUUCAUGUUAUAACUGGGCUGACUUAGUUGGAAAUUUUAACUAAACUAGAGAGAGGUACUCAAAGUUAAUUAGUAGUGUUUGUUGAAUUGCUCUGUUUUUUGUUUUUUUUUCAGGUGGUUUGGAAUAUUCAGGCGACGAUCAGCUCAAUCGGAAAACAGCAACGGCGGCGAUGAUGGCGGCGGCGACGACAGCCCAAUCCCGAACCCGGCGGAAUGCUACGCCUGUACUCAGGUGGGCGUUCCGGUUUUCCACUCCACCAGCUGCGACCGGGCCCACCAGCCGCAAUGGGAGGCUUCUGCCGGUUCUUCCUUAAUCCCUAUCCGUAACCGUCCCUCCCAGUCGUCGUCGUCGCUUAAGAAGAGGUCCGGGGCCACUGCGUCGGGCGGGUACCCGACGUGGAUAUUCGGGCGGGUGCUGGACCCGCGGAGCGAGCGAGUCCAGUCGUGGAACAGGGCGUUCUUGCUGGCGCGUGGCAUGGCGUUGGCCAUCGAUCCUUUGUUCUUCUACGCGCUGUCCAUCGGCCGCGGCGGCUCGCCGUGCCUUUACAUGGACGGCGGGUUAGCCGCCAUCGUCACCGUGCUCCGGACAUGCGUCGACGCCGUCCACCUCUGCCACCUGUGGCUGCAGUUCCGGUUGGCUUACGUGUCCCGAGAAUCCUUGGUUGUUGGAUGUGGGAAACUCGUGUGGGACGCGCGCUCCAUCGCUUCCCAUUACGUCCGCUCCCUGAAAGGCUUCUGGUUCGAUGCUUUCGUCAUUCUUCCCGUUCCCCAGGCAGUAUUUUGGUUGGUGGUGCCACGACUGAUAAGGGAAGAAGAGAUAAAGCUGAUAAUGACGAUAUUACUCCUGAUUUUCAUGUUUCAAUUCUUGCCUAAAGUUUAUCACAGCAUCAGCCUAAUGAGAAGAAUGCAGAAAGUUACAGGCUACGUUUUUGGUACUAUUUGGUGGGGUUUUGGCCUUAAUCUCAUUGCUUAUUUCAUUGCUUCUCAUGUUGCUGGAGGAUGCUGGUACAUUCUUUCUAUACAGCGGGUGGCAUCAUGCAUCAGGCAGCAGUGUGAGAGAAAAAGCACAUGCAAUUUCUCCUUGGCUUGCUCAGAUGAGUUGUGCUAUCAGUUUCUGUCAACGGGGGCCACCUCAGGCGAUUCAUGUGGCGGAAAUUCAACAGCCACGGUCACAGUGCCACUGUGCUUAGAUAUUAAUGGACCUUACAGAUAUGGGAUUUACAAAUGGGCUCUUCCAGUCAUUUCUAGCAAUUCAGUGGCCGUUAAGAUACUAUAUCCAAUCUUCUGGGGACUAAUGAGCUUAAGUACCUUUGGGAAUGCUUUAGAACCCACAAGCAAUUGGCUGGAAGUAAUCUUCAGUAUAUCCAUUGUGCUUAGUGGCUUAAUGCUUUUCACCUUAUUGAUUGGAAAUAUUCAGGUGUUCUUGCACGCGGUGAUGGCAAGAAAGAGGACAAUGCAAAUAAGAUGUCGGGAUAUGGAGUGGUGGAUGAAGAGGAGACAAUUGCCAUCUCAACUGAGGCAAAGAGUUCGUUAUUAUGAACGUCAAAGAUGGAGAACUAUGGGUGGAGAAGACGAAAGGGAACUGAUUAAAGAUCUUCCUGAAGGACUUAGAAGGGACAUCAAGCGAUUCCUAUGUCUAGACUUGGUUAAAAAGGGUCCUCUGUUCCAGAGCCUGGAUGAUUUGAUUCUCGAUAAUAUAUGUGAUCGCGUUACUCCACUUGUAUUCUGCAAAGAUGAGAAGAUUAUAAGGGAAGGGGAUGCAGUGCAGAGAAUUGUCUUCAUAGUACGAGGACGUGUUAAGAGUUCACAAAACCUUAGUAAAGGGAUCAUAGGCACAAGUAUACUGGGACCAGGAGGCUUUCUAGGAGACGAGCUCCUUUCAUGGUGCCUUCGCCGCCCUUUCAUCGACAGACUUCCGGCUUCCUUCGCGACAUUCACCUGUAUCGAACCCACAGAAGCGUUCGGCCUGAAUGCGAAUGAUCUCCGCUACAUUACCGAUCACUUCCGCUACAAGUUCAACAAUGAAAGGCUGAAACGAACAGCUAGGUAUUAUUCAUCCAAUUGGAGAACCUGGGCUGCUGUCAAAAUACAGCUAGCUUGGAGACAUCAUCGGCUGAGAACGAGACCUCCGGAAGUGAAUCAUCAUGGAAACGAAAACGGGAGAAAUUCCGACAGUCGGCUCAGGCAAUAUGCUGCGAUUUUCAUGUCAAUCAGGCCGCAUGAUCAUCUUGAGUGAAACCAAAAAUAGAUGCAAGAUCUUUAUGCUUAUGGUAAACUAGUUGCAUUUCUUCCGAUUCCAUAAAUAAUCUACGUCAGGAGAUUUGUACACAAAGUUUCCAUCUUAGUUUUACAAACUUGUAUCCAAACGGCAGUAUAACGAUUUAAUAAAUUAUGAGAGUCAAUAUGGUCAGUGUUUUGUGAGAUGAAAGUUGAGAUUGAAAACAAACAUUGUUAAGGCGCAAGUAGAUAGUAUUUUACAAUGGAUUCCAAAUCAUUAAUAGAGAAAAAAAACUUGCACACAUGAAGAGAUCAGGUGAUAAAGAGAACUUUAUUUGUUUUGUUGGUAAGUGACCACCACACACUACUAUCUCAUUAAGGACCAAAAAUCCUAAAGACAAAGCGCCUUUUCUUAUAAGGAUAAAAAUCUCU